AUGUUUCAGCCUCCUCAAAGAUAUCUCUGCCCUGUUCACAGUAAAGAUAUUGAGCUCAUUUGCAAGACAUGUCGACAGUCGGCCUGUGUUGUUUGCUUGGUCGCCACACACAACAGACAUGAUAUGAUGCUAGCCUCCGAGAGGGUUGAAGCCAACAAACGAGUUCUGAGUAAGAUGAUAGCGUCCAAUGAUGAGAAAAUAAAGGAACUCGACGUGAACAUAAUGAAGAUUCAGGAAGAAAUUACUAAAGAGGUUGUUAAAGAAAUUAAAAAUUAUUUAAUGAGAGCAGUGGAUGAUUUUCUGACCAGCAAGCUUCAUCCAUAUUUGAAACCAUUCCAGCAACUGCGGGACAAUCUAACAGAUUAUAAACACAAAUUAGAGGAUGUCAAAUACUUAACUGAUAAUGAGGUCGUGGAAGAUGAAGUCCUGGUUGAUUUCAAAAUAACGAAAAAAUUUGAGUAUCCAAUUUAUCAAGUAGACUACCAGAAGAUGCAAGACAACUUUCGGCUGUUUCCACAAAUUUUUCAAAACUCAAUUAAGAAGAUUUGUGUUGGACGUGACUUCGUUACUCUGGUUAAAGAAAUCAAAUGUGGAGUGCCUGUGACGUGUUUCACUAUCUCAAACGACAAACUUUACAUUUUUUCAGGAAACGAGUUUAUCACAAAAGACCUCCUUAAUCCCGAAGAAGUUUCAACUGAAAAUAUCGGUGACGGCUUUCUAAAUCUAGGAGACAUUUUGAGUUGUGAUGAUAACUUUUAUUAUUAUUACGACGAUAUGAUUCAAAACAUUUUUAAGGAAAAGAUUUACAGUCCUAUUGCAGAUUUGAGUAGUAGAAUGAAAGUAAAUGGUCUAGAAUUCCUAGAAAUAAGAAACAUAAAUUGCUUCUCUCUAGCCGGGAAAAAUAUUUUGGCUGCUAGUAACGGCGCACUUUACGAAAUUGAAAGCGUGUAUAUUUUCCGAACACGUGAUGGCUUUUCAGACCAAUAUACCGGAAUGACAAAAGCUUACUUGUCUCAUGACAUUUACGACAACAUAUACGUCAUCAGUGAUUGCCUUCAAAGUGAAAUUUUAAUUCUUGAUAAAAAUCUAAAAUAUUUUUUGAAAAUACAAACAUUUGAUAAUCCCAAAAAGACCCUAAUAACUAGCCAAAACAUACUGUACGUUAGUUAUGUCGGCGGUAACUUUAUCGCCGUAUACAAAAUCAAAGGAACUGAAACUGAAGAAUCGCUGUGCUUAGAAACCGAAAAUGAAGAAGCCGAGGCGUAA